AUGUUUAUACCUUCAAAAUUGUCCAGGUUCUGGAUGAUUGCUCUGUGCACAUCCACGGCCAGUCAAAUGACUAUAGCGAGUCUGACUGUAACUCAAGAUACUAGGAUUCGUCCUUUGGAAGAGAUGUAUAGUCAUAUUGACAAUCAUGUACAUGAUGUAGCUUCUAGUGAUGCUGUGAUUUUGAAAAGCCCAAUAGGACAUAGCGGACAAGAACAAAUGUUGACACUGAAAAGUAAAGAGGAUCUCGAGUCCAUGGAAGCGGACAGUCGAAGGAUCAGCGAUAGUGUGGAGGACAUUGAGACUCUGUUUGGUGAAAGAUAUAGACCCUUGGUUAAUACAUUGAAGGGACUCUGUUGUGACGUCCUAGUUCAGGAAAAACCUCAAAAGUUCAAAUUGCAUGCUGCUGGUUCACUUGGUCCCAAGUACAAGUUUCCGAAACCAAUAGGUGCAGAUUGGGUUGAGACAUGGAAGGGCUUGGAAACAAACCUCAUCAGAUUUCAGAAAAGUUGGUUCGACCUCCAGCGUCACAUGGAGUUCUUGGAAACUGUCUUUUGCUUGGGUGAUUACAUUAUCAAAUACAAAUUACUACCUCCAAAUGCUAUUCAAGAAAUUGACAAUUCUAGGCAAGAAAUGUUUUCCAAAUGGCUCCAGCUCUACAUUCACCAUGAAUAUAAAUGGUCUGGCAGGAAACAUUUCUUUGGUCGGGCGGAUUCAUUAAUCCCAACAGUAAAAUACCUAACAAGCAUCAAUUCUUUUGAAGAUUUUCCAAGAUUCUUGAAUGGUUAG